AUGGCGCCAACCCCAACCCUGCCGCAGGUCAUCUUCCACCUGCUUGCCCGCCAAGAGCAACAACAACCCACCGCAACUGUCGUCGUCGAUUCGGGCUCCUCUGACGGGGACAGCGGGUCGUCCUCGGGCUCGAGUCUCAACGGUGGCGCCAUCGCGGGCAUCGUCAUCGGCAGCAUCGUCGGCAUCCUCCUGCUCUGGUGGAUCAUCCGCGCCUGCGCCCAGCCGCACUCCCCCGACUCAAGUCGCCAAGGCUGGUACGACGACACGGCGCUCCCGCCGGCCGCGCCGCUUCCACGGUCCUCCAGGUCCGGGUCGCGGUCGGCCGACUACGGCCGGCACCACCAUUACCAUCACCACAACCACUCCUCCCGGCGCAGCGGGAGCAGGCACCACAGCCGGAGACGCUCGUCCAACCCGCGGCCCGUCGUCAUCGAGGAAAAGUACGCCCUCAGGCGGCCGUCGGCCACGUAUGUUUAUCCGCCGGUCGAGGGGAGGCGCUCCAGAAACUUCUUCUAA